AUGUCCUAUUACGGGGACACAUCGUCGAUAACUUCGGCGGCGACGACUACGGCGACGACAUCGACGGCAAGCCGCUCCUCCACCUCGUCAGCAACAACGGGCGUGGCGACACACACGGUCGAAGUUGGCUCCAAGACCUCUCCCCAUGGGUAUUCUCCGCAUAACAUCACUGCCAAAGUUGGCGACGUGAUUGUGUUCGAAUUCUAUCCCCGGAACCAUUCAGUCGUGAAAGCCGACUACCUAGCGCCGUGUGUGCCUGCUAGCAAGUCCGUCUUCUACUCGGGAAUCUUCAACAGUUUCAAUGAAGAUGAUGGCGAUUUGGUCGGACCGCCACCUACAUGGUCCCUCGUUGUGAACGACACCGAGCCAACCUUCUUCUACUGCACAGCCAUAGAUUCCUGCCUUGUCAAUGGCAUGGUAGGCGUCAUCAAUCCUAACGAAACGAUGACCUGGGAAGCGCAAUACGAGAAAGCAAAAACUUACCCUUACAUGCUCGUCCCUGGCCAGUCCAUGCCGGCCGAAGGCUCCAUUCCCACCUCCAACAGCACCGCCAGCUCCAGUCCAUCUGCCUCCUCGUCGUCCGGAUCCGGCGGCCUCAGCGGCGGCGCCAUAGCAGGUAUCGUCGUGGGCUCCGUCGCCUUCGUCGGCAUCUUGGGCGCAUUAUUCUUCCUUCUGGGACGGAACAGGGUGUAUCAGAAGUGGAUGUCCUCACAGGACGGUCGCACGGAGCGGACGGCGAAGUGGGCGGCGAUGUUGAGCCCCGGUCAUGGUGGCGGGGACCAGGCGCAGAGCCAGGGACAUGGACGGGGAAAGAGUGACUACGACGCGGGCGUCGCCGGGCUAGGGGUUGGCAUGAUGCAGACGGCUCCCGGACAGCCUCUCCAGCAGCAACAGCAGAUGCAACAGCCCUACGGGGACUACGGCAACGCGCAGUCUCCCGGAACGGCGGUGUAUGCGACCAGUCCGGAUCUGUCGGGGUCACCGCCGCCCCAGAGUCAGGGGGGCCAUUGGAGUUGGGAUGCGCAGCAACAACAGCAGGUGUACCAGGAGCAGGCACACGGGCACCAGCCUGGGCAGGUUUAUUAUGAAGCGAUGGCGAGAGGGCCGUCGGAGUUGGAGGCUACGAGUAGGAAAUGAGCGAGUGGUGUGAAUGAACCGGACUACGUGAGCGAGGUGUGAGCAGAAUGUUCUCGACGUUGCAUGAUGUUGUGUUGUGUCUAUACCCUUCUUGAUCCAAACUGUCUGUGCAAGUUUCGGUCUGUCUCUUUGAUUUUACCUUCCUUCUUUGUCACUUUUUUGGGAGUUAUGAAGUAUAUAAUAUCAAUAUGUCAACGACAUGAGCUGUGGGUUGUAUGCAAACGGAGGCAACAUGUCUCCCAUCCACAACAGUUGGUCAAGCCACAGCCAGCAGGGCAGGAGAUCUGUACUAGGUAGGCUGCAGUCUAUCCACGGUGAAACCAACCUAUAUUCCAGCG